ACAGUCGCCCUGCCAGCAGGAGCUUAUGGAUAUCAUCUUGCCAGAGGAAGAGAACAAGAGAGUGGUGCAUUUAGACAGCCCUUGUCAUCCCAUCUUUCUUGCCUACCGCAGCCAACAGACCUGUCGUCAUCCAGCACAAGUGUGAAUGGGCUGUCGAUGUACUCGGCAACAUAGAACCUCUCGCCCAGCCCCCUCUCGCCCGGAAGGACUCGGGCUUUGGUCGAGUUGGCCUUCAUAAGCUGCUCUUCCAGCGCCGCUCGGAAGUCGUCAAUAGACUGGUCAGCGGGCACCCAUGUGUCAAAUACGAUCUCUUUGAUGUAGAUGCACUGCUCGAGGGGUGUGAGGAAAUGCUUGACCCUGUGUUUUGCCCUGAAGGGCCCCAUUGUUAUCGCUGCAGUCACCGAGCCCUGCAUGGAAGAGAACAAAAAUCGUCGCUUCGUAGCAGUGAACGGCUGACUGGUCUGACGAUGUACCUGCAGGUUUUCUGAUGCAGCGUCUUCUUUCUUCAGGCUCAACGUUGUUUGGCGUCUGAAUGUUGUCCUCCGUUGGAGAGACGACCGUGGGCUGCAGGGCCCAGAAGCGGGCUUCCACUGGUCGAGUGUUGCAUUUUGCAGUGCAGCGUAGUCGUAUCCUCCUUGUUGGUCCAUCGCUUCAACUUCGUGUUUGGGUGGCAGUGUUGUUUCUGAUAGGAAUCUUGCUCGUGCUGUUGUUGCCGUUGACUUGACAUGUGUUCUGAGGUAGUCUACGAGCAACAGCGUGACGACGACUCCCGCCAGAAGCGCCACUGCAACGUGUUUCGUCAUCCCGGUGCAGACAUCCGUUGAGGAAUGAGAUGAAUGUGCUUAGCC